AUAAACAAAACGUAGAUCAAAAAUGAAGUCGAAAAUGUCCUUUGAAAUGUGUAAUUUGUCAAUAUUCAAAAUAUGAAGUAAUUUAUAGUUAUUUACAAGUUGAUUGUUUCAUAUGUAAUAGAUAAAACACCUUAUACACCAAAAUAUCUGAUUUGUUAUUACGUGAAUAUAUUUUUUCAUUGGACCGGUGGAGGUUAUGAAAUGAGAACAUCUUUUUAAUUUAUUAUUUUUUUCCGAAAGCCUAUUGAAGGGUUAUGAAAUAUUAAAUAAAGUUGAAGUAUUACGUAAACAUGUCGAGAAUACUACACAAUCGUAUGAGGUCAGCAUUUAAAAAAUCAACACAAUGGACUAUUGUAGACAAACGAGCGGUUGCAUUUUCAAUAUGGACAGGCCGCAGUGUACUUCUCCACAAGCCUAUAGACACGAGUCAUGUGCAACGGAGGAAAUACGGCAUGUUGGUGGCACGAGCUGUCAGGGGCAUGUUGAAGAUACGGUAUCUAGUGCUUGGAGGCGCACUGGGUGGUGGUAUGACUUUGAAUAAGAAAUAUGCAGAAUGGAAGGAUGGUCUACCGGACAUGGGCUGGCUGAACGACCUGCUUCCAGACAAUGAGCAAUGGGAUCAGUUCACCACCACACUCAUCAACGCCAAGUCUAAGAUCGGAGACAACCUUCAGAUUGGUGUCCCACUGACGCUGUCGGUGCACAUAGAUCCGCGGCUGCGGGAGGCGGGGCUUGCGCGGGCGCACGAGCUCCGUGAUUGGCUGCAGCAACGCUAUGAAGACGCCGUCGCCGCCGCCGCUGUCAAUAACUCCGCUGGUAUCGCAGAAGAACCACAGAGGAUCGUGAACAACUUACAGAGUCGGCCCGCUCCAUCUGUGAAGACUGGCGGUGGUGGCGACGAUGCUACUGCCUACGAGAAGCGAGUCCACGUGCUCCAAGAAGAAGUCCUGGCGUUACAAGCGAGGUACCAGCGCGAGCUGCAGCGACUGGAGCAGGAGAACCGGGAGCUCCGGCAGCAGAACAUGUUGCUCCGGCAGGGCAGGCAGCCGGCGCCCAGGAAGAUCAAGCGGUCCCUAAUCGACAUGUACUCGGCGGUGCUGGACGAGCUGUCUGGGUGGGAGGCGGGCGAGACGGACCGCCUGCCGCGGGUCGUGGUCGUGGGCGACCAGUCCGCCGGGAAGACCUCCGUGCUCGAGAUGAUCGCGCAGGCACGGAUAUUCCCCAGGGGGGCCGGGGAGAUGUGUACGAGGGCUCCAGUGAAGGUGACUUUGUCGGAAGGUCCGUACCACGUCGCGCAGUUCCGAGACUCGGCGCGGGAGUUCGACCUCAACAAGGAGUCCGACUUAGCUGAUUUAAGGAAAGAGGUAGAGAUGCGCAUGCGCAACAGUGUCCGCGGCGGUCGCACGGUGUCCACCGACGUCAUCUCCAUGUCCGUCAAGGGGCCCGGACUGCAUCGGAUGGUACUGGUAGACCUGCCUGGAGUCAUAUCUACGCAAACAGUGGACAUGGCGUCAGACACUCGCGACGCCAUCAAGCAGAUGACCAAGCAGUACAUGGACAACCCCAACGCUAUCAUAUUGUGCAUACAGGACGGGUCAGUGGACGCGGAGCGCAGCAACGUGACGGACCUGGUGUCGUCGUGUGACCCGUCCGGGAAGAGGACCAUCUUCGUGCUCACCAAGGUCGACCUCGCCGAGGAGAACCUCGCCAACCCUAACAGAAUCCGUCGCAUCCUGGAAGGCAAGUUGUUCCCGAUGAAGGCGCUGGGCUACUACGCCGUGGUGACGGGCCGCUCGCGCAAGGACGACUCCAUACAGAGCAUCCGCGAGUACGAGGAGCGGUUCUUCCGAUCCUCCAAGCUGUUCAAAGACGGUCUGGUGACGGCGUCGCAGGUGACGACGCGCAACCUGUCGCUGGCGGUGGCGGACUGCUUCUGGCGCAUGGUCCGCGCCUCCGUCGAGCAGCAGGCCGACGCCUUCAAGGCCAUGCGCUUCAACCUCGAGACCGAGUGGAAGAACACCUUCCCCAGACAGCGCGAGUUGGACCGCGACGAGUUGUUCGAGCGCGCCCGCGCGGAGCUGCUGGACCAGUCGGCCGAGCUGUCGGCCGUGGCGCCGCCCGCCUGGGAGGCCCGCCUCACCAGGGCACUCUGGGCCGCCGCCGCUGAGAAGGUCUUCGCUCAUAUAUAUCUACCCGCCGCCGCCAACGCUAUGGGGGAUGUUGACAAAUUCAACACAGCCGUGGACAUAAAACUACGCGAGUGGGCGGAGUCUGAGUUACCUAACGCGUCGAUAAGGGCGGGGCGAGAGGCGCUGAGGGAGGAGUUUACAGAACUCAUGAAUAGAGCACAGGACUCCGAUCCUGUAUAUGAACCCGUUAAGAAAGAGGCCGUUGAAGAGGCUCUCAGGAGGCAUCAGUGGGAGGAUAGGGCGCAGGAUGUGCUCCGCGUCCUCCAGCUGAACGCGUUGCAGGACCGCUGCGUGUCCUCCCGCGGGGACUGGGACGCCGCCGUCUCGCUCAUGGACUCCGCCGUCAAGGACAAACUCGACCUCACGCACCAGGAUCUUAAGGAACUCACUGGUCCAGGUCUAAAAGACCGCUGGUUAUACUGGCAGUCUACCACAGAAGAGCAGAGCCGCCGCAACGAAGUACGAGCAGAGCUGGAGAGGCUGGGUGUGGCACGCCCAGUCCUGGCUUACGACGAGGUCGUCGCCGUCAGGGACAACUUGAGGAGGAAGGGCAUCGAAGUCGACAACGAUUACAUAAGAGAGACUUGGAAACCUGUUUAUUUGAAGAACUUCCUACAGCGCGCACAAACGAGAGCCCGGGACUGUCGGAAGAGUUUCUACUUGUAUAGUCAACAAAAUGGAAACGGGAAGGAGUGCUGCGAGGUGGUGAUGUUCUGGCGCGUGCAGCAGACGCUGCGCACCACGGCCAACGCGCUGCGACAGCAGAUCGGGAACCGGGAGGCUGCCAGGCUCGAUAGGGAGCUCAGGGAGGUGCUCGACGAGAUGGCAGCAGAUCCUGAACUGAAAAAGAAACUUUUAUCCGGCAGAAGAGUAGAACUAGCAGAAGAAUUGAAGAGAGUGAGACAAGUGCAGGAGAGAUUAGAAGAAUUCAUAGAAGCGCUUAACAAAGAGAAAUAGUUGAUAUAUGUAUAUUGUAGUUACGUAUGUAUGUAUGUAUGUACACCUGCGCAUGCGUCGCCAAUGUACACAGUGCGCCCAAACACUAACAACACAAGGUAAUCGUAAUAAUAAGGGAUACUGUUUAAUUUUUUGCUCACUAGGUGGCUCUCCUGUAGUGUAAAGUCGGUUUUUCCAAUAGAAAAUUAGUUAGUAUUCAUAGUCAGUCAGACUGCCUCGUUGAUCGAGCGGUCGUAAAUCUGACUGCCGGGCAAGGGGUCUCGGGUUCCAUUCCCGGGUUGGGCAAAGUAUUACUGGGUUUUUUUCGGUUUCGGUGUGACAUUAGCUAAUUCCCGGUUUGGGCAAUACAAAGAUCGCCCCUUAUAUGGUGGGCACCUCUGCUUACCCCUACAUUAAUACUAGGCUUGUUGUUAUUAUUAAAAAAGUCUAUCUAUAAUGUUAACUGUUAAAAAUUAAUAAAAUAAUCUGAUGCCAACGCAAAUUGAACGUUAUUACGUUCGCAUAAAGUUCAAUUUUCGUUUUCUAUUACCUUGUGUUGUUAGUCCGACAUUGCUAUGUACCUAUUGUAUUUAUAAAACGGCUCGUAGUUAAAUAUUUUUCAAAAUAUAACGUUUUUCUUAUUAAAUAAACUAUUUACCUGGUAAAAUAAUACUGUUUUAGGGGGAAAAUAAACCUAAUAUUUAAGUCUUGUCGACCUGGACCGGAGCUGCUGACGUAACAGAUUACCGGGGCUCCGGCUCCAAGCAGAAGGAACGGGGUGGUUUUUAGUCAGUAAGAGUCCGACACUCCUUGCCGCCUUACCCAAGGCGGGAGAAGGCAUUGGACGAUCCCCUCCCCCCUAAAAAAAGGUCAGGUAUGGCAAAUAAACUCAAGUCCUAUGGUAAUGAAGUUAGUUAACACAACUGGUGGAAAGUUUAAUGCAUUUAAGUGCAUCUCUGCCUACCCAUUUCGUUAGUUAUUAGGUGUGAUGUUGUGUUAAAGAUUAUUCCUACGCAAUAACUGAAAAGUCUAUCAAGACUUUGUUAGGAAAGAUAAAUUGAUCGAAUAUUUUGAGGUAUUUAAAAAAUGCUUUUAAAGUUGAAAACAAAUUAUGUUUAGUUUUGUUUUUCUUUGAUACAAUUAAUACUCAGGAAAAUAAGUACUUUUUAAAAUUUUCCAGGCUGUGCAUUUUUCAGUCAUUUAGUGUUAUAUUUUAUUUGUUACUUAAUAUGUUAUGAUUGUACUAAAAAUUAACAAGAAUAUUUUACAAAAAAUGUGUGUUUACCAGUCGAACUGUACAGUUAAAUCGUAGGUCCAUAGAACCUACAUGCGUUCAAAAAUAAUGACUUUUAUUUUUUUGGGACACCCUAGCCUACAUAUCUUAUGAUUUAACUGUACAGUUGAACCGCAUAGUGUAUGUAGCGAGCAUUACUUUAAUAAGCUUUCCCUAUAAAGCAUUAACUGCCGAAAUAAAACUGUUGAAGGCAAAUCCUCCGCUAAGCGUCAGUCAAACGCGAUAGACGUGGCGGUUAACAUGUUAUAAACCAUCCUUUUUUGACUUACCGCCAAUUUCAAUAACCUAUUUAUCUGUAGAUUUGUUUCCUAGAUAUACAUUUUGACAUAAACUCCAUACAAAAUGUGUCAAAAUUGUAUCUCUAUUUAUUUUUUCACUAUUUUAUUACUUGUUUUACUUUAUUAUGAACUAAACUGAUUUUUCCAAACAUUUCUGAACUAAACGUAACUAUGAUCUUGAAUUAUUAUUGUGUGAAAACUAGUAUGUCAACUAUCGUGAUACAUACUAAAUUAACUAAAAAUCACGGUUUACUCACGUAAAUUAAUGGAGAAAAGCUCUACUAAUUUCGAGACACAAAGGGACUUUUCAUCAUGAACAGCGUACGCAGACGCGGCGACGUCGCGCAGCCUACUCGAAACUAGUAGAGCUUUUCUCUAUUAAUUUACGUGAGAAAACCGUGAUUUUUAGUUAAUAAAGUAUGUCUUUCUGUCUAAAACUAUAAGGUUCUUUGGAAAAUGUCCACGGAGCAUGUUAACUUAAAAAGGUACGUGAAAAAUAAGAAAAUAACUCAGAAUAAAAUAUGUCUGGCUAGUAAUGAAACAACUACAUUUCAACUGAGUUGUAUAAUAUGUUUACUCGGUUGGAUAUUUAAUCAAUAGUUAGUAAUUAUCGUUUAGUUUGUAAUAUCAUUUAAAAAGGAGUAUCUAUCAGUCAUUAUUUAAAGUAAUUGUUUCAUUACUAGUGUGGAAUAGUCAUAAUGUAUCUUUAAUAAAAUAAAACUUGGUAAUGUCUGUCUCCGGCGCUUGUCUACAUUGGCGAUGUAUGAGCUACGUUGUAUUAUUUUGUUAUUAAUUUAACUGCUUGAUAUAAGUUGUCUUUUAAUAAAACAUUAAGAAAAUUG